AUGAAAUUAUUGUUAACCUUUGUAGUUAUUUUCGCUAUUUUCGCUACUGCUCAAGCCAACGCUGAAUUAAAGUGUGACUUAUGUCAAUUCGUUGUCAACCACGCUGAGCAAUUGGUUUUGAAGAACCAUACUCAAACCCAAAUCAUUCACCAAAUGGAAAAGUCAUGCCACAAAUUACCACAUAAGUGGUCUGGUCAAUGUGUUUCUCUCAUUGAUGGAUACGGUCCAUUGAUUAUCCAAAAGCUCGUCGAACGUGAAGAUCCAAAGACUGUCUGCAACCAAAUCCACCUCUGCAAGAAGCACCACGUCAGCAUUGAAGAAGAAGUUGAGGAAACCGUCGACGAUGAAGUCCCAUUCGGUAAGGUCGAGAAGCACCAUUUCCCAAUCGGUCACCACCACUUUGGUAAGAAGCUAGAGUGCAAAGCUUGUGAUUUCUUAGUUAAGAAAGCCGAACACUACUACCACUUGAACCAAAGAGUCGAUGAAAUCGAGUCUGCUUUGGAUCACGAGUGCAACUACUUUGAAAUCAAGCCAGCCGUUCACAUUUGCAAGAAGGUCGUCCACAAGGCUACCGCUCACAUCAUCGCUGAGUUCAAGAAGUCAACUUCCCCAGGCGUUGUAGGGACAUGGCCUUGUUUCAAUCUAUGGAAAUCACCUAGUUAUUUAAUUGGAAAGAUUGGUGAUACCGAGAUACCAAUCAGAGAAAUAGGUUAUGAUGUAGGAGAAUGGCUAGGAAAAACAACGAAUUUAAAGUUUUCAACAUUCUUUGAAAAUUGGCUAAACAAUUGUAAUAGUGAACAACAACAACAACAACAGCAACAACAAUUAGAUGAAAAACAACAGCAACAACAACAACAACAACCUAAAUAUUAUUUAGCAAGUUUACCUGUACAUAAAUAUUUUAAAGAGUUAAUGAAUGACUAUGAAGUACCGGAUAUUCCAAAGGAACAGGGCAAGUCAGCGAAUCUGUGGAUCGGAUCGAAGGGUCAGGUGACACCGCUUCACCACGACUGGUCGACAGGCGAUCCCGGCAUGGAUGGACUGCAUGCAAUCGUCAGUGGUCGCAAGCUGUUCCGUCUGUUUGAUCCGGCCGCAAACAUCAAGUUUAUCAAGCGAAAAAACGAGUGGGGCUUGUUCCAUCAUGCCACCAUCGAUCUCGACCAUCCCGACUACCUGGCGAAUCCAGAGUUCCAACACGCGGAAUCACUCGACGUCGUGCUCGAACAAGGUGUCGAAGCCGAUCUCUUUGCCAACGAAAUAACAUCAAAAGUAAAAGAAUGGAUCGAUUUAAAAUUUAAACAACAACAACAACAACAACAACAUCAACAACAAUAA